CGUGACAGUGUCCAGUGGCUUGACAUAAGCCCUCCAAAAACUCCCCCGGGAAUCCCAAUAAAAAGGAUAAACACCUCGAUCAAAUGGAGUAAUUAAAAACAAAAUAACCAUGAACAACUGAAUCGUCAAUAUUUUUUUUAUCAACCGAUCACUGACGAUCAUUCAAAUUUGGAAUGGCAGAUCAUGACAACAUGUACGACGACGAGGAGCUGGUGUCCACAAAUCCGAAUCAAAGAAACUGGCGGGGCAUCCUCAUAGCCCUUCUCGUUAUCAUCGCAGUUCUAGCACUUAUUGUUACUUCUGUCGCCCUGUUGACCCCACCCGACGAAGGACCUCGAGUACGCGGCACUCGGCUGAGACUUACCGAUGUGUUAUCCGGUGAAUUAUCACCACCACCGUUCAACGGGACUUGGGUGAGUGGCCGGCAUAUAUGCUAUCGCGAUCCCUGGGGUGGCAUAUCACUGCUAGAUGCAUCAGAUCCAAAUGUCACGUCCCAGAGUCUCAUGUCUAACGAGACCUUUCGGACCCUCAAUCCUGCGUCGUUCACACUCUCGCCGGAUCAUAGGUAUCUUCUGCUUGUGCAGAAUGUCAAGAAAUUGUUCAAAUACUCCUUUCUCGCUCAGUACGUCAUUUAUGACGUCAGCACUAGAGAGACGAUAAAGGUCACGCCAAAUCCAGUGAAAUCCCUCCACCCCUAUCUACUCCACGUGCAGUGGACCCCACGUGGCCACGGACUUGUGAUGGUAGACGACUACGAUAUUUACUACAAAACAAGUCCAACUUCCUCAUCGGAAUUUCGUAUAACCGAUACUGCUGUGCCUGGUGUCCACUCCAACGGCUUUCCCGACUGGUUGUACGAAGAGGAAAUUUUACGGAGCUCCCAGGCAAUUUGGAUGUCCAAGGACGGUCACAUGAUGCUUUAUGCAUCAUUUAAUGACUCUCUCGUCGAGCAAAUGCACAUGUCGUGGUUUGGGGAGGAGAGUAAAUCCCUCUACCCUGAGGUCUGGUCCCUGAGGUAUCCGAAACCCGGGACGGCCAAUCCUAUUGUUAAGCUUUUGAUAGCGGAUCUGGCGGAUCCGAAAAAUAUUAAUACUAAAGUUGUGAGACCACCGCCUGUUAUAGAAAAUACGGAGCACUACUUCACGACAGCCUCGUGGAUAUCAUUGACGGAGGUCUGCAUAACAUGGCUGACACGCUCCCAGAAUUUAUCAGUGAUAACAGUGUGCAAGAGUCCCCUCUGGCACUGUCAAGAGAUCCAGCGAGUGAGUGAAUCACACGGCUGGGUGGACACACCCCCGGAUCCCCCGUUCUUCUCGUCAAACAGUAGCAGUUACAUUACCAUAGCUCCAGUUCGCGAUGGCCCGGCUGGUUUCUUCAAGCACAUUGUCUGGGUCAAUGUCCUUAAGAAACAGGUGGUACCUCUGACACAUGGACGAUGGGAGGUGGCGAAGAUACUUGCUUGGGACCAGGUUAACAACACCAUCUACUUCAUCGGCAUUCCCCCCUCGAAACCGGGUCAGCGUCAUCUCUACCGAGUGAGUUCGAUCCUCCCCGAGGUGGGUUCGGCCCUGCACCCAGCCUUCUGCAUCACCUGUGCAGCCCCCGUGAUCCCCGAUAACCAGACAUCCCCGGCUUCCGAGGAUCACUUCGUCGGCUCUCCGGUGCACUCCACCAUCAAAGACACCGGUGACUGGCACUCCCAGCUCGAGGCCCAGGAGGACGCCGUCCAGGAGGAGGAGCCCCCCCAGACCACCGCCGAGCGGAGAAAACCCGACAAAUCGAGGAAAGAGUCGCGGGUCCUCGAGACGUGCCAGUACUACAGCGCCAGUUUCUCCCCUGGCUACGAAUAUUUCGUUCUGGAGUGUCUGGGACCGGGGAUUCCCACAGUUUCCCUUUACAAAACUGGAAAGCCUCAGCCACAUUUCAUCGCCGUUCUGCAGAAUAAUACGGCUCUGCGAGAGAGAAUCUCGAAAAUAGCACUUCCGCAGAUUAAAACCUUUCCAGUGCAGAUCAGUGGGGGAUACAAUGCGCAAGUGAGACUUUAUUUGCCACCGGGACUGAGGGAGGAUGAAAUCACAAAGUAUCCUAUGGUCGUUCAAGUUUAUGGAGGCCCAGGAACCCAGCUGGUGACAGACAUGUUCAAAAUCGACUGGAACACGUACCUAGCCAGCAGAAAGAAUGUGAUCGUCGCCCAAAUUGAUGGAAGGGGCAGUGGUGGACAGGGGUACAAGCUGCUUCACGAGGUUUAUUACAGAUUAGGGACUGUCGAAGUCGCUGAUCAGCUGGAAGUCACCGAGUAUCUGAGGGAUUCUCUGCACUUCGUGGAUAAGAGGAGAGUUGCUGUGUGGGGAUGGAGCUACGGGGGCUUCGUCGCCGCCCUGGCACUGGCCGAGCCUGAGCAGGAUGUAUUCCAGUGCGGAAUCAGUGUCGCACCUAUUGUUUCUUGGAAGCUUUAUGAUUCGGCUUACGCAGAGAGAUACAUGGGUCUGCCCAAUGUCACCUCGAACUACAAGGGAUACCUGGAGUCUGACGUGUACAGUAAAAUCGAGUAUUUACGACACAAGAUGUUUUACCUAGUGCAGGGGACUGCUGAUAACAACGUGCAGUUUCAGCAGUCGAUGGCACUGGCCCGUCAUCUCACUAAGAAGGGCAUUCUCUUCCGACAACAGGUGUAUCCAGACGUAAGUCAUAGUCUAGCUGGUGUCACUGGGCAUUUGUACCUCUCAAUGGCCCAAUUUCUCGACGAUUGUUUCACGAAACAAGUACCUGUUGACUCAAAAGCCGGUUUGAGCAGUGGUGGAGCUGAUAUCUAGCACCUCUCAACUGACUUUAUUUCAUUAAAAUUGUGAAGAACUUGAUUAGAGACACAUAGUAUUUCAUUUGGGUGAUAAAACAAAUCCUUAAAUUAGAUCUGAAAUCUAACUCGAGGAUGUGAAAUUCUAGUCAAAGCCAAAUACAAGAUUACGAAUAAUAGGGGUGAGUGAUGAAAAAAUAAUGAUUAAUGCAAUCUAAACAUCUCCAAAUUGUGUUCCGUUUAAUAGAGUAUAUUUACAGAAGAGUGAAGUAUAUUGUAUCGUAUCACAACUUUUUGAAUUAAACUCACAAACUCGUAGGUGAAUAUUUAUCUCCUUUCUCCAUUAGAUCGACCAGCGUUUGUUAGAUAAAAUGAAUUGCGGGCAUUUCAGUAAUAUUGUAUUGUAUUUCAAAUAUGUUUUACAUUUUAUUGAUUAUUGUAAUGAUCUACACAGCCCUGGGAGUCUCACUAAUGUCGAUGAGAGAGGAACAAGUUUCAUGUAUAUUUAUCGUGUACAUACGGCGAUUAAUGGUGAUGAUAAAAAGUUGGUGAUUUAUUUUUUCAAUAAUAAUUAGUGAGACUUUCGGGACUCGACUAAUGACAACACAAAGUCUUCUAAAACCUGCAACGGACAACAUAAAAUAUCGUGAGAACUGAAAACACUCAAUAAUUGUAAUAAUUGGAGUAAUCAAAAGAUGAAAAAUGUUGAUAACUAUUAAUUCAUUAUAAUUCACGUCUUUUAAAUAUUCUAAGGGAAUAAUGAGUCAUUAAAGAGUAAUUAAAUCUACAACAACC